AUGGAUAAUCCUUUGUUUGGUGGAUCUUGGGGUCGAUUCCCUGAAAGACGAUCUUAUCAAAGGCCGCAUUAUUAUCAUCCAAACCCUUACGCUGCAAAUUCGUACGCAACUCCAGUAAAAUCGGAGAGCACGCCCAAGGUAAAGGCCAAGAAGGUCGUCUCAAUUCCAAUCAAUUUCGUCGAUUCUGAGACAACCAAAUCUAAAAAGGCGCCCGCCAUGGACGAAAAUACAGCGGCUGUAAAAAUUCAAUCGGCUUUCCUAGGGUUUUGUGUGAGGAAGUCAAGGCCUCUAAACAAAUUGAGGGUUAUAAUGAAAACCAAAGCAGAGGCUGCAGAAAUUCGGAGGCGUAUGAAUGACGAACAUGUUGUGGAGUUGAUUAGACGAGAUGAGAAGGAGCGGGUGAAAAUGACGGAGUGGAUCAUGUCUCUACUGCUUAGGCUAGACGAAAUUCAGGGAGUGAUUCCUUUUGUACGAGAAUCAAGAAAGGCUGUGAUUCGUGAGCUGGUUAACUUGGAAGAGACUGUAGAUGAUAUAAUUGCAGCCAAACCCAGGCAAGAUGCUGCUACAGAAGUUUCAGUAACUUCUGAAGCGACAGUGGAGGAUUGCACCAUUGUUGAAGAAAAUGGAUCUGCAAGGUGCUUGGAGGAGAAUCCCAAUGAGCAAUUCAAGAGAAAGGAGUUGUCAGGGGGAGCAAUUGAGGUCUCUGUGAGUAGUGAAAAAGCAUUAGCAGAGGAGUCUUUGCCUUCUCCAAUGCGAGAUUUGCAAAUUGAGGGUUCCCCUGAAGAAGACAAUAAUAACAUUGGAGCAGAAGUUUUUGAACAGAGCUCUUCUGAAGAUGGAAAAAUUGUGUCUGGCACAAUGGUUGAUGUUGUUGAUAAAGAUGCAGAGAAUUUGAAAAGAAACAAAGUUGAUCCAUCACCUGCAAUCCCUUGCACAGAGGAAGGUGUUCAAUUAGGAAAUUCAAGGGAUGAUGAAGAAGCAGGGGAUAAGAUGAGAGAGCAAGUAAAGGCCAUUGAAGAUAUUGGCUUGGGAAGAGAAGAGAAUGAGAAAUUAAUGAGGAGUGUAUCUGAUUUGUUCAAGAAAAGUGAGAAACAGAGUGAGAUGAUUCAUGAUCUGAGUCUGCGAGUUUCACAGUUGGAAGAGCAAGUAUCUCAGUGCAACACAAAGAAAAAAGUUGGGGAUGGAAAGAAGAAAAGUGGUGGAUCUAAAAAGAAAAGAGAUGUACAUACAAACAACAGGAGAAGAAAAUCUGAAAGAUACUGCUUUAUGGAGGAUUGGUUUUGA